AUGGUAAAGUUAUGGUCAAAAGUUACAAGUGCUUUGAUAGGGAGAAAUUUGGAUCUUGCUACAGAUGAAAAAACAUUGAUUGAAGAUAAUCAACGCAAUGAGGCUAAGCUUAGAGAAAUAGAAGGGAUCGAUUGGAGAUCGAGAUAUUUUGUUAACGAAAAUAAUGAAUUUAAUUUUAAACAAAUACAGUAA